AAAGUAAAGACCCAUAAUGCAUCGCGACAUAUUUCGACUUUUGACCUACGUUUUGGCGGCAACUCCUAGUAACUUUCGGACCACAUAAUUUUGCUCAUCCUCUUUUUCCCUACAUCCACCCAUCCCCGUAAAAGUGCAAUGGAUGACAGUGACAGUGACUCAGUGGCCGACAGUCAGACCACGGACAUCAGCAACUCAAUGAAUGACAGUGACAUUGAGUCAGUAGAUGACAGUCAUUCCAUAUUGGACAAAACAGUGGACAACAGUGAGACAGUUGACAACACUAACGAGUGUGAUGACACUGACUGUUAUCCAGUCUCCUUCCUCCAGCGGUUACAGGGGUUCAGGUUGGAGGGUCACCUGGUAGACGUGAUACUGUGUGCAGAAGGCAAGGAGAUCCCGUGUCACAGACUGGUCCUGUCUGCCUGCUCCGACUACUUCCACGCCAUGUUCGGCAGAGCCCACAGCGAGAGUAAGAAGGACAAGAUAGAGAUAGGAGGGGUGAGUGCAGAGUCACUACAACAGCUGGUGGACUAUGCUUACACAUCCAAGAUCACUGUCACCAUGGAUAAUGUCCAGCCGCUGUAUGAAGCUGCUAACAUGCUGCAGGUAAAGGGUGUUGAGGACAAAUGUGAAAAGUUUCUGACAGACAAGUUGAGCCAUGAGACAUGUUUGGUAACUUGGGCAUUGGCAGACAAGGUGUCGUGUGAACCCUUGUUGGAGAGGGCAAAGCUCUACACUCUUAAACACUUCGAAGACGUGUGCAUGAAGGAGGAGUUCCUUGAGCUACCUGUGGACUUUCUGAAGUCUUGCAUCUCAGAUGAUGGUCUUCAUGCUAAGAAUGAAGAACGAGUGUUGGAGGUGGUCUUGCGUUGGGUAAGACAUGAUCUCAAGGAACGUCAGAGUCACCUCAAGGAGCUGUUGGAGUGUGUUCGUUUCUCACAGGUGGACCAAGAAUUUCUCAAGGGCAUUAUGGAGACAGACAAGGUGCUAGCAGGGAUUUCUGGGAUUAAGGAACUGAUGCAGGAUCAAUCUAGAUAUGCUAGACCUCGUCAUAUCCAAGGGGAAAUUCUUGUUUUUGGUGGUCGAACAUGUGCAUAUACACAAGGAGAUGAAGGAAAUAAUUAUAACAUGUACAAACUUACCCUCAACUGUGAUUGUGUUGACAGUUCUCCAUUUCCCCCAUAUUUUUUCCAUAUAAAUGCAGCUUGUGUUGUUAACAGUGACGUGUUCAUAACAGGGGGGGCAUAUGCCAAAUGCUAUGCAUAUCGGUACAAACCAUCUGUUGGUUCGUGGAGUAAGCUGGGACCCCUUGUUAAUGAAGAGAGACUUUUUAAUAGUAUGGUAGCUUUGCAGGGACAGGCGUAUAUUGUUGGUGGUAUUGGCAUGCCCAAUUGGAGAGCAGUAUAUGAUGUUGAGGUUUACAGUGAAUCGACUGAUAUGUGGAGUCUGGUAGCUCCAUUAUUGAAUAAGGGAGUAAAGGAUUUUGGCUUGGCGAGCUGUUGUGACAAAAUCUUUGUAUUUGGUGGAAAAACAGGAAAGUGCACUCUUUCAGACCAAAGUCACAACACAGAUGCUGUUCAAUGCUAUGACCCUACUCAAAAUGUGUGGACUUAUACUGCACCAUUACCAAAUCCAAUGGAGGAAAUUACAGCAUGUACAGUUAACUCUAAGAUCUACUUGGUUGGAGGAAAGUUAGCCCAUGUGCUGUGUUAUGAUCCUCAGCAAGACUGCUAUGAGAAAAUGACCAAUCCACUGGCCUCUUGGUUUCGUUGUAGUGCCACUACUUGUGGAUCCGAUAUCUACAUUAUUGGUGGCUGUGACCAUAAUUAUACUGCACCAUUACCAAAUCCAAUGGAGGAAAUUACAGCAUGUACAGUUAACUCUAAGAUCUACUUGGUUGGAGGAAAGUUAGCCCAUGUGCUGUGUUAUGAUCCUCAGCAAGACUGCUAUGAGAAAAUGACCAAUCCACUGGCCUCUUGGUUUCGUUGUAGUGCCACUACUUGUGGAUCCGAUAUCUACAUUAUUGGUGGCUGUGACCAUAAUGAUGAUGAUGAUGAUAAGGUUCCCCAUGCUACAGUUCAGCGUUACAAUGUGAGGAGUAAUACCAUGGUCUUACUGAAGGACUUCCCAGUUACAAUCUUUCAGCACAUCAGUGUAAUAGUACCCAAAGCAUAA